AUGGAAAUACAGGUGGACGACGAUUUUGAAAGCGAAGUAAAGGUCUCUUAUAGCAGGUACAAAAGAAGGCGGAUGUAUGAUGAUUAUCCCUACAUACACGCAGAAAUUUAUAGAGACAUGAUGGAAAAUGCUUUUGAUUAUGGCUCAAGAUACAGGAAUUACGAAAGAGAAACUAUGAGGAGAUAUAGAAUGUAUCCGCCAGAGCUAAUGAGCCGCUUUCCAGACCCUUACUACUGUAGAAUGGGGUUACCUAAAAAAUAUUACGAAAGACACAUGGAAAUGAAAGGAAUGGAUGAAAUGCAGGGAUCUCCAUUGUGGGUGGCAGCCUCUGACGGACAUACGGAUAUUGUAAAGCUUUUGGCAGAACAUGGGGCUCAGGUCGAUGUCAAAGGCAUAGACGAAGCAACGCCACUUUGGAUCGCAGCGCAGAACGGUCACGCAGAGACUGUCAAGCUUCUAGGAGAUCUUGGAGCUGACGUCAAUGCGGUUAACGAUGAUGACGAGACUCCGUUAUGGGUGGCUGCUCAAAAUGGUCACUGUGAGGUUAUAAAAGUGCUGAAAGCACUUGGAGCUAAUGUAAAUACAAAGGGAAGAAACCAGAGGCGAGACCGUUUUCUACGGAAAUUGCAGGCAACACCACUAUGGAUAGCAAGCCAAAACGGGCACGCCGAAGUAGUGAAGUUGCUGAUGGAGAACGGUGCUGAGCUCAGCGCAGAAAAAUUUACAAAAGCAACACCCUUGUGGAUAGCCUCUCAGAAUGGCUUUCUCGAACUUGUAAAAUUUUUUGCGGAACGUGGUUGUGACAUUGAGGCUAAAGGCAGAAACGAGAUAACGCCGUUGUGGAUCGCCUGCCAAAACGGGCACCUUGAGAUUGUUAAAUUUUUGAUCGAUAAAGGGGCCGACAUUAACACAAAAAAUACUCAUCAGAUAACACCUUUAUGGGUAGCCAGUCAAAACGGGCAUACCGAAAUUGUGAAGCUUUUGAUAGCCCGUGGUGCGGAUACUAACGCACAGAAAGAAACUCAGACAACGCCUCUAUGGGUUGCAUCUUUUAGUGGAAAAUUUGAGGUAGUAAAGAUUUUAGUGGAACAUGGUGCCAUAGUUGAUGCUAAGGGUAAAAAUGAUGUAACACCUUUAUGGGUUGCCUGUCAAAACGAGCAUUUACAUGUUGCCAGAUAUCUCAUUGAGAAAGGUGCAGAUGUGAAUGCAGGGGAUAAAGAGCAGGUGACACCGCUGUGGACUGCUUGUCAGAGCGCUCAAAGUGAUAUUAUCAAAUGUCUCUUAAAAUUCGGCGCCAAAAUCAACGAGAAGAAUAAAGAUGAAGAAACGGUACUGUAUGUUGCAGUUCGAAACAAAAAGCCAGAACUGGUAGACCUGUUGAUAGAAAACAAGGCUGAUGUAAAAAUAAAAAAUAAUGAUCAAGUAGCACCUUUGUGGAUCGCAUGUCAAACUGGGCAACUUGAAAUCGCGAAGAAACUGCUGAAAGGAGGUGCAGAGGUUGAUGCUGCGAAUAAAGAGGGGGAAACUCCAUUGUAUAUUGCAGUACAGAACGAACACGUUGAAGUGGUAACAUUGUUAAUAGAACACCACGCCAAUGUUAACGCAGAAAAGUAA